GCCCAGGCUGCUGGCCUCACCUGGCGAGUGUGUUGAGAGCGGAUGCGGUAGCCGCUGCGGCGGCGGGGCGGGGGCAUGGACCAGGCCUGCCAGCGCGCCGGGUCCCAGCGAGUGCGCCCCGCCGCCCAGUGAGCGCCACGGCGGCGGGGGCCGGGGCCGACCCCUGCUACCCGGAGCCCAAGGAGAACAGGGCUAAGCUGUUUCCUGAGAUGACUCUGCCACCGAAGAAGCCCUGCAAGUCCAAGGCCAAGGGACUACUGCUGGGAGCUCUCUUUACCAGUUUCCUGUUGCUGCUGUACUCCUAUGUGGCACCUCCACUGUAUCCCAACAUGGCCUUCACGACCUCAGAGGCCGCAGCGCCCUGCUCCCCUGUUCCCAAUGAGCCAGUGACAGCCAUUUCUGCCAACGUCUCUGCCAGAGGGUGCCAACCUCAGCGAGAUAUCGUGUUCAUGAAGACGCACAAGACCGCCAGCAGCACGCUGAUCAACAUCCUCUUCCGCUUCGGCCAGAAGCACGAGCUCAAGUUCGCCUUCCCCAAUGGCCGCAACGACUUCCACUACCCGUCAUACUUCGCACGAAGCCUGGUGCAGGACUACCGGCCCGGGGCAUGCUUCAAUAUCAUCUGCAACCACAUGCGCUUCCACUACGAGGAGGUGCGCGGGCUGGUCCGGCCGGGUGCCACCUUCAUCACCGUCAUCCGCGACCCCGCUCGUCUCUUCGAGUCCUCCUUCCACUACUUUGGAUCCCUGGUGCCGCUCACCUGGAAGCUAUCGAGCCGCGACAAGCUGGCCGAGUUCCUGCAGGACCCCGAGCGCUACUACGACCCCAGCAGCUACAACGCGCACUACCUCCGCAACCUGCUCUUCUUCGACCUGGGCUACGAUAGUAGCCUGGACCCGGGCAGCCCGCGCGUGCAAGAGCACAUCCUGGAGGUGGAGCGCCGCUUCCACCUGGUGCUGUUGCAGGAGUACUUUGAUGAAUCCCUGGUGCUGCUCCGGGAGCUGCUGUGCUGGGACCUGGAGGACGUGCUCUACUUCAAGCUCAACGCGCGGCGCGACUCGCCGGUGCCGAGGCUCUCGGGCGAGCUGUACCGCCGAGCCACCGCCUGGAACCUGCUGGACGUGCGCCUCUACCGCCACUUUAACGCCAGCUUCUGGCGAAAAGUGGAGGCCUUUGGGCACGAGCGCAUGGCGCGCGAGGUGACCGAGUUGCGCCAAGCUAACGAGCGCAUGCGCCGCAUCUGCAUAGAUGGCGGCCAAGCGGUCAAUGCCGAGGCCAUCCAGGACUCGGCCAUGCAGCCCUGGCAGCCCCUGGGCAUCAAGUCCAUCCUGGGUUACAACCUCAAGAAGAGCAUCGGGCCGCAACACGAGCAGCUCUGCCGGCGCAUGCUCACGCCCGAAAUCCAGUACCUGUCUGACCUCGGUGCCAAUCUCUGGGUCACCAAGCUCUGGAAGUCCCUUAGGGACUUUCUAAGGUGGUGACGAACCCUGUCUACCUCCUGUUUGGCUUCGUGCAGCAGAAAGGCCAGGCAGGGAAGCUCUGGCACCUAGCCUUCCCCAGCCACGCCUAGUGCCACCCUGGGGUCCUUAGGGUUAUAGGGUCAUAGCUGUCUGGGACUGGUCUCUCUGCACAAGAGGGCCUAACAGAGAGGUAUUUAACUAAUUAUGCCAUUUUUUAAAAAUUAAAUCCCCUUUGUUUCCAGCCUCCUCUUACAAGGGGAGACUCAGAAGUAAAGAAAUUUUAUGUGUUUUUUGUUAA